AUGAUGCUGGCCCCGCCACCUACGUUGGCUGCUCUUGCCCCACCGGGUGUGGUGCCACAGGCGCAGAUGAGAGCCGCUGCCCGCGACGCAGGCGGGUCGGUGACUGAUGGCCGACUGCUAGCGAGCGGCAUGCUUCUUGCGAAACGAUCCUGGCGACGGCAGCUGCGCCGGACGGCCCGUUUGGCCCUGCGGCAAAAGCCUCGCAGCAAGCCGAUGCCAGCAGAGCAGAAGGUGUAUCCCGCGAAGGAGCUCUGCAGUCGCUGCGGUUUCUGCAACACGUCCCUGGUCGGCCGCGUCCAGGAAGCCUGCGCCUUCUUGGGCGAAGGAAUGGAGCGAAUCGACGCUCUAGAAGCAAAGGUGCACGGCCGCCGCAGGCGUAUUGAUGAGGAGAACGAGCUCUACUUUGGCGUCACCGAGGAGAAUGGCUUACGGCCCAUUCGCAUGGCUCGGGAGAGCCGUCCGGAGCGACGAGCUUGGACAGGCGUGGUCACCUCCAUCGCCUGUGAAAUGCUUCGUUCUGGUCGGGUGGAUGCAGUGCUCUGCGUGGGCUCUGCAUCCCCGGAGGCCCCUUUGGAGCCAAAGCCCAUCUUGGCGCGAACGGUUGAGGAGGUGCUGGCCAGUGGUGGAGUAAAGCCCAUGCUCUCACCGAACCUCCUACCUUUGGAAGAGCUGUGGGAGGUACGGGGCCAAGACAUCCGAAAGCUCCUCUUCAUCGGAGUUGGGUGCCAGGUGCAGGCACUUCGUUCCGUGGAAGAGGAUCUUGACCUUGAUGUUCUGUAUGUCCUCGGCACGAACUGCGUGGACAAUCCGCGGGACGCCGAGGCGCUCCAGCGCUUCCUGCGGAGCGCCAGCGAGACGCCGGAAACUGCUGUCGGCUUCGAGUUCAUGCAAGACAACCGCAUCUGGGCUAUCGAGUAG